AUGGAGGUAGCUGUUGGCCGAGAGAAAACCUAUUCUCCUUGCAUUUGUCUGAGCAUUUCAAAAACAAACAAAAGGACUUCCAAGGUUUUUACUGCAUCCCUUCUCACGGCGUGCUGUAAUCAUCCCUUUUGCAGGAUCUUCAGGUUGCAGCUCUGGAAGGACCGGAGUGUUUUUGCUAGGGACGCUGAGAUUCUCGUGAAGGAUGCCUCGGAACCCAUUGAUGUCUCUUUCAUUUAUUCAGGCAGCCUACAAGGAGACGCAGCUUCCUUCUGCCACGGGUUCAUCCUCAAUGGUCUCUUUGAGGGAUUUAUCCGGUCCCAGAAUGGCACCUAUUACAUUGAACCUGCUGCUGUGGCCAGACAGCCUUCGGAAGCCCAUUCCCUGAUCUACCACCAGAGAGACUUAGAUUAUGAACUUCUGCAUGACUCCGGAUCAGCAGUUUUGGCUCAGAAGCUGCACCAGCAACUGCAAGAUUUUCAACAGGAGCUAACAGCAACGGCAAUCCACACGCAUCGGCCCAAGAGGGGCUUGAAUUAUUCAAAGACUUCUUGUCUGCUUCAUCUUCAAGCAGACCACCUUUUCUACCAACGGUUCGGCUCUGUGGAAACUGUGAUUGCCCAGAUUUCCAGCUAUGUAAAAGCUGUGAACACCAUUUACGAAGCGGCUGAAUUUGGCCAGAUCAGGAACAUUGAAUUCAAAGUGAAGACAAUCGAAAUCCUCCAAGAAGAGGACCCUUCAAGUCCUCCUUUCCUCAGUCCAGAGAUGCUUCUUAUGCUGCAUUCGAAAGCCAACUGGAACAGUUACUGCUUAUCUUACCUGUUGACCGACCGGGAUUACAGUGGCAUUCUUGGCAUUGCUUUCAACGGGCAACCAGGUGACUCUGGAGGAAUUUGCUCAAAAUACCAGCAUUUCCAGGGCAAAGAGGCCUCUCUGAACACUGGGCUGAUCACACUACAGAAAUACGGUCAACUUCUCCCUCCAAGGAUGAUCCACGUUACGCUUGCGCAUGAAUUUGGGCACAGCCUGGGGGCUUAUCAUGACGAGAGCAAAGAAUGUUCCCAUUUUGACAUCAACACCACCCGGGGAAAAUACCUGAUGUACAGCUAUGCCACCGAUGGGAGCGAAUUCAAUAAUGACAAAUUCUCCCCAUGCAGCGUCGCCUAUAUUUCAAAUAUUCUGCAGCACAAGAAGGACCGUUGCUUUGCCGAAACAGACCGCCCCAUCUGCGGAAACCAGAUUGUGGAUCCUGGGGAAGAAUGUGACAUUGGCAGUGAGGAGGUGGAUGCAUGCUGCUAUGGUGCUGGGGAGCCGAGCGGAAUCCAGUGUCGGUUGAAACCAGGAGCAAUGUGCAGCCCCAGUCAGGGACUCUGUUGUAACCAGAAUUGUGUCCUUAAACCCCCGGGAGAACUGUGCCAGGAAGAGAGUGACUGUGCUUGGGAAAGCGUUUGCACGGGAUCGACUGCCAUGUGUCCAGAGCCCAUUCCGAAAGCCAACUUCACCCCCUGUGCCGUUGGGCUCCGCCUGUGUUUGAACGGGCUCUGCGAGGGGUCCCUCUGCAUCCAGCAUGGGUUGGAAGAAUGCCACUGUGCCUCCAGUUCCUUGCGAGGGAGAUGCCAACUCUGCUGCCAGCUGACAGGACAAGCUGAAACCUGCGCCAGCACCUCCUCAAAGAUAUGGGACCAUUUCUUCAAUGGUUCAGACAUCCCGCUAAUCCCAGGCUCACCCUGCGCCAACAAGAACGGCUACUGUGACAAAUUCCACGUCUGCCGUUUUGUAGAUGAAGACGGGCCCAUCGCAAGGGUGAAGAACUUCAUCUUGGACUUCAUUGAAAUGGAUGACCUGGCCACCUGGAUGAAGGCGCAUUGGUGUGCUAUCCUUCUAGUGGUUUUUACCUUGCCAGCCAUGAUGGCUGGCACAGUGUUCUUCUUCGGAAGGACGGUCAGCAGCGAAACAGAUGAAAAAUCCAUGAGGAUCUCUGACAAGGUGGGAUCUGUUGAACACCAGAGGGAGAAACAUCAGACUUCCUUUUCCUGGGAAAAGGAGAUUUGCAUCAAAACCACGCAUCGGGACCGUGAGGCUGUGCUCUAG